UUUUGGAAAACACAACCAAAUUCUUUAUUUGUAGUAACAAAAUAGUUUUCUAAUCAGUUAGAACAAGUUUGUGGUUCUUUUUUUAGUUUCACUUCUGUGAAACGUAGGAUUGCAGAGAGCUCCAAGACAAUAUGCAAAUCCAACGUCAGCAGCUGUCGGAAUUUAUUUAAUGGACAAAAAAUGGAUUUAUUAAAUUCCGGAUUAUUGUUUAAAAAAAAAACCACUGAUGUUCUUCGCAAAAUUUGUGCAAGGAAGACUAACUCCACGUAUCCGUUAUUCAGAAGGUGCAUUUCCGCUACUCACUAGCAAAUUGGAAAGUCAGAGAAAGUCGGAAGUGUUAAAGUCGGACAGGCAAAUAAAUUAUGGACAGUAAUUGGUUCAAGUCUGGCAUCUGUUGUCAUUCAAAACGAGGGAGAUAAAUCAACUUCCAGCUCGAACUGUUAACUGGUUUGGCUGGAAGCCGCAAGGCUCCCGUCCUCGCAGAUCUCGUGUUCAUCCACAACCGGUUUCCCCAAAUCCAAAUCGACGACCUAGACUGAGUGAAACCCUACGAAGGAUGAAUGUUUACCUCCAUUUUACUUUGCAUGUUUUGCAAAGUGUUUUUCUGCGAAGAAAGCAGCUUUCUAGAAGCAAAAAAAAAAUACUGUUCCAUGUACCCAUCAAUAUUUGGAACGAACGAUUCUUCUGGUUCUUGCUCAUCGCCAGCUGAUUUACAGAAACUCGAUCAGUCGUUAGAAAAAGACGAUGGCUCACAACUUGUCUAUCACGAAAGAUAAAGAAAGUAACUUGUUUUAUCACGCGAUAGUUACUGUUAACUUUCCCCCCGUUUAGCUGGUCCGACAUAAUUACCUGCAAGAUGAUCCUGUUCACCUGCUGUCAUCGUUAUAUGGCGGUUGUGUAUAUAAAGGCUAAAAAUCGGAAUUAGGAAUCAUCAGUUGCACAACUGCCUGCUUCCUCUAAACAGCCAUCAGCAUGAAGUUCCUCUUCUUCGUCACUCUGCUCGUCCUCGCUGCUGCUGAUACAGAUGUUGACGUUGAAUAUGAGGCUGUAGAAUCUCAAGACACAAGACAAGUCGUCUACCCACCUCAGCCCUACAGCUAUUCGUAUAAUGUGCUAGACGAGGACUCAAACAAUGACUUUAUUCAUUCGGAAAAUACGGAUGGCAAGGUAACCACUGGUUCUUACCGAGUCUCUCUUCCAGACGGCCGGACACAGUUGGUUACCUACAGAGCAGACGAAAACGGUUACACUGCUAAUGUCGAAUACGAAGGAGAAGCUCAUCAUCCCGAUGGAUACGUUGCACCGCCUACACCGUCGUUCCAAACCCCAGUUUCUGUUCCCUAUGCGGCUGCAGCUUCAACAAACAAGGUCCGCGAAGUCCCAGCUUUCAAGGAAACGGCCGCUUCAGCUGACAAGGAACCUGCGGCAUCCAAUAUCAAGACAAGUGAUGAACCGGCCUAUAAGGAAACUGCUGCUUCGGCCACCAAGACUCGUGAUGCUCCAUCCUACAAAGAGGCUGCCUCGAAUUCUGUAAAGGAAUCUGCUGCGCCGGCCUACAAUCCACCUUCAUCACCAUCUUAUCAAACCCCUGCUCCAGUAGCCUAUCAGCCCACUGCCGCACCAGUGGCGUACAGUCCUCCGUCUCCACCAGCUUACAGCUUUCCUGCCCCAGCUGCAUACAAUCCUCCUCCUCCCCCAGCUUACAGCUCUCCAUCUCCUCCAUCUCCUCCAUCUUACCAAAGUCCUACUCCGUCAGCGUACCAACCUUCUGCCUACAAACCAGUAGCCUAUAGGUCUCCUUCUCCUGUGGCCUACAGAGGUCCCUCUGCCCCAGGAUACAGGCCUUCAACGUAUGGCUUUACUCCAAUCGGACCUACUCCUCUCGCCUACAGAGGCUAAACGAAUCAGCAUCUUCUAUUGCACCCGCCCUGCUGGUCAUGCUGUGUGCUUCAAUUUCUAAUUCAAUGUCAACGUAAUGUAUAAUAACGUUGAAAUCAAUACACGUAAGAUAGAU